AUGGACGCCCUACAGUUGAACCGUCUGAUAGUCGGCAUCGAGGUGAUAAUUUUCAACGUUUUCGGUCAAUUCGGCAACUUUUUCAUAAUUUAUCUGACUUGUAGCCGUCCUCAGCUUCAAAGCAAGUCUGGUGGGUUUUUGAGGUAAAAAAUCGCUUUGGACGUUUUGGUGGUACUGUAGUAGUAGUAAAAAUAGAGACCAUUCAAUUGACUUGAACUUAGCGGCCUUUUCAAGAUUCUCAGUGGUUCUACUAGGUUCCUAAAAAUUACUGUAGUUUCUACUAAGACGCACCAUAGUGGCUUUUACAGAGGUUUUUUAGAGGCCACCUUUCCCCACUUAAAUUAAAAAUUCUUGACUAACUUUUGGAUCGAAGCUCAGUUUCAGCAUUCCUGCAGUGCUCUCUGUGCUUCUUACAGUCGUGUUGUUUAUUCCUGAUGAUGGUCAACUCCUACCUGCAGGUCAUGGCCUUCAACACAACACGACGACAAUGUUUUCCGGUCAUAGCGCCGUAUCUUUUCUUCAUCUUGGCGCAGUUUCUGAUGAUGUUUAUGAUCUCUCUGGACGUGCUGCUCAUGAUUCUGGCGCCUUUCCGGUAAUUUCUGAAAUACUAAAAUGGAGUCAAAAAAAUCUCAUUAGUGUUGGGCGAACUAUCAAGACAAGUUCUUUUCAAAUUUUUUGAUCCUUAAAUGUUCUCAGGUACCGAACGGUGAGCCCAAACCUUUACGGAUUUCUCAUGGUUUUGCCGUCGAUUGUGAUUGGCACGAUUUUCGUCCAUUUGGCCUAUAAUUACCUAGACGAUGAGCCUUUGGCCUUUUGUAAUGGGAUGAAUGGUAGAAGAACGCUAUUUUUGGGUCAAACUAUUGAACUUUUUAGUGCUCAAUCCAAGUAUAAGAAUGCAAGCUACCUAUUUCUACAUGCUGAUAACUACCAUGAUCCUGGCUUGCUACAUAAUCAUCCUGCUGAUUCUCCGAUCUCAUCCUUGUCAGUUUUCCUUUCAUUUUCAGAAGAUUGGUCUAUUUUUAAGCCUAUGGUUUGGAAAACAGCGAAUUGCAAAGAGUAGUCAGAAGGCUCAAGGUUAUAAUAUUCGUGUAUGUCUGUACUUGGUAUGUGGCCGUAUUUGGAAUCCCAGUUUUGGCGCUUCUUUUCACCGGACAAGUUUUAGCCAUUCUGCAGGGCAACUUGGUCAGUUUUUUUUUUCAAUUUUUUCAAUUUCUAAAAUUGAAGAAAAGAAAAAUUGCAGAUUUCAUUUAUGUUGAUCAACUAUUCCCAGUCGUUUUACGUGAUAAUGUGGAGGUCUACGGACUAUCGGCAGGCCUUUUUGGAAUGCUUUGUUAUGAGGAAGCCUACUGCAGUUGUCUCAACUCUCGUCCGGGUUACAAACACAUCUUGA